AUGGCUAUCAUUCGGCAGACAUGGACGCUGGUGCGCAAGAACCUGCGCAGCCUGGUUUUCCGCCACUACGCCAUCAUCUUCCUCAUGGCCUUUUUCGUGCCCCUCAUCCUCGCCGUCUUCUUCAGCUUUGCCCGCAAUCUCUUUGUGCCGCCCGCCACGUUUGGCAUCGGCUCCAUCCGGCCCCUCAUGCCCAUUGGCGAGGCGCUGCGGCACGGCCGCGACGCCGGCCGCACCAAGCUCCUCCUCGUCAACAACGGUCAUGCUGGCGGCGACACUGACAAGGUCCUCGACGACGUCGCCGCCACCGUGGAAGCCGCCAAUGCAGGCGUCAGCGUCGUGCGGGUGAGUACUGAGGUGGAUCUCCUGACCGAGUGUCGUAGCACGCUCCGCGGCGUGACUUCGUGCUUCAACGCCAUCGUCAUCCGCUCAUCGCCUAACGAAGGAAGUGGCGGCAUUUGGAACUACACUAUCCGUACAGACGCUGCCUUCUACCAAGUCCCCUUCAGAAUCCAGGUCGACAAGGGCGACAAUGUUGAGCAGAUAUACCUGAUCCCUACUCAGCACAUGGUCGACAAGGCCAUUGCCAAGAUUUCAAGUCAGCAGGACCCCCUGGCCGACGUGCAAGAAAAGACCUUUACAAGUCUCACCAGCGAUGAACGUCUCGCUCGGACACGCCGACUCUAUCACAAGUCCAUCAUCAACUUCCUGGGCGUCGCCUUCAUCGCCACCAUAAUCUGGAUCUCCUAUCACUUGACCGGCUUUGUAGCCACCGAGAGAGAAACAGGCAUGUCUCAGCUCAUCGACGCCAUGAUGCCUGUCCGGAAACCCUGCUUCGCCAUGUUUGCUAGACUCCUUGCCCAUCACUUGUCCUUUUCUCUCCUCUACGCUCCCGCCUGGAUCCUUGGCUCCCUCAUUAUUAGUUUUGGCGUCUACAGCCACACCAAUGUGGCCAUUGUUCUUAUUCUUCAUCUCCUUGCUGGCCUCGCUUUUGCCUCCAUGUCAAUCAUGAUUGCCUGCUGCUUCAAAAAGGCCCAGCUGAGUGGCAUCACCGCGACAUUGUCCAUGUUGCUUCUUGGCAUUCUCGCCCAGGCUCUGAACAAACCUGACACUGUAGUAGUCGCCUGCCUCUCUGUUCUAUUCGCCCCAUGCACCUAUGUCUAUGCCAUUAUCAACAUGUCUUGGUUCGAGAGAUUCGGGAACGCGGCCAGCCUGACGUCCAGCGCCCCGGAAGCUUCCUUCAAGUUGCCAGUCAUCUUCUUCUGGAUCAUGCUCAUCCUUCAAAUCUUCUUGUAUCCCCUUAUUGGCGCCAUCUUCGAACACACCUUAUACGGCACAUCAACCAAGGGCCGCAAAAUGACAAGCGACGCUGCCUCUAUGCAGGACGACGCUGUGCGGCUACGCGACUUUACCAAAAUCUACAAGCCCGGUUUCUUUUCCCGCAUCUCUCCGUUUGGCUCCAAGAACCCCGUGGUAGCCGUCGACAAACUGAAUCUCAACGCUGGCCGAGGUCAGAUCGUCUGUCUUUUGGGAGCCAACGGCUCGGGUAAGAGCACCACUUUGGAUGCCAUUGCUGGUCUCCAUAAACUAACAAGUGGCUCCAUCUCCAUUGAUGGUGCCGGUGGCCUGGGUAUCGCGCCGCAAAAGAACGUCUUGUGGGAUGAUCUCAACGUCACGGAGCACUUGCGCAUCUUCAAUCGACUAAAGUCUCCCAAGAACCUUGCUAGCAAGGAAGAAAUUGAUGAGUUGAUAAAGACAAUUGACCUCUGGCCGAAGCGCAAGGCUCUUUCCAAAACACUCUCUGGCGGCCAAAAGCGCAAGCUUCAGCUGGGAAUAAUGUUGACUGGCGGAAGUGCAGUCUGCUGCGUUGACGAAGUCAGCAGCGGCAUCGACCCAUUGUCUCGCCGAAAAUUAUGGGACAUUCUCCUCGCUGAGCGUGGAAAGCGCACCAUGAUCCUCACCACUCACUUCCUUGAUGAAGCUGAUCUGCUUGCUGACCACAUCGCUAUUCUCUCAAAAGGAACUUUGCGAGCGCAGGGCACGUCUGUCGAGCUCAAGGAUAGGUUUGGCGGUGGAUACCGUGUCCAUGUCCACAAGACUGCUACGACGAGAGAGCUGCCGAUUAUGGAAGGCGUCACGAAGAAGGAUGCGUUUGAUCAAGUUACCUACGUCGCCCCGACGUCUGGCCUUGCUGCCGCUGUCAUCAAGAAACUCGAAAGAGCGCAGAUACCCGGGUACCGGUUCUCCGGCCCUACAAUCGAAGACGUUUUCCUGCAAGUGGCCGAGGAAAUCCAGGACGAGGAGGCUUUCCGCACCGGCAGGACGCCGACGGAAAAGCAACGCGACCCCGACAACACGUCCGAGAACACGGCUGAAAGCGAGCAGCAGUCACAGGGUUUACAGCUCAUGGACGGCAAGCAGGUCGGCUAUAUGCGUCAGGCCUUUAUCCUGUUUGCCAAGCGCGUGACUAUUUUGAAACGCAGCUGGCUCAUGUAUGCCCUUGCUCUCGCCAUUCCUAUCCUUGCCGCCGGUCUUACAAGCCUCUUUGUCAGCGGCUCGACGUUGCAAGGUUGUGCCCCCAGCGACCAGGCCUCCAAGGUUGGCACCGAGGACGGAUUCAGCCAGAUUCUCGAUUCGGAUACCAGCGAAACUCUGGCCUUUCUCGCCGGACCAGCCUCCAAGGUGUCCCCGAGCAAUCUCUUACGACUGUUCGAGCCCAUCCUGGCUGGAUCCACUAGUGGCGCGUCUGCUGGGACUAGUUUCUUGAGCAGUCUGAAGCUCGUCGACACGUUUGCUGACUACGACAACUACAUCACCAACAAUCCCGGCAACGUGACCAUGGGCUUUUGGCUCGGUGACGACACCAGCAAGCCGAACUUUGCAUGGGUCGGCAACCUCUUCAUAACCAGUUCCAUUCUUUCGCAGGAGCUCCUCGAUGUGAUGCAGACAAACACGUCCAUUGCGACGACUUGGUCGGCCUUUGACAGGCCCUUCGUCCCGAACAUUGGCUCCGCCCUCCAACUCGUCAUCUACAUGGGCCUUGCGCUCGCCGUGUACCCGGCCUUCUUCUCGCUUUACCCCAGCAGCGAGCGCCGGCGCUUCGUGCGGGCCCUGCAGUACUCCAACGGUGUUCGGCCGCUGCCCCUCUGGCUGGCGUACCUGUCCUUUGACUUCAUCGUGGUCCUCAUCACCUCCGCGAUUGUCACGGGCAUUUGGGCUGCGUUGUCGAAUGUCUGGUACCAUGUCGGCUACAUCUUUGUCGUCUUUUUCCUGUACGGCAUCUGCUCCAUCAUAGUCUCCUACAUCAUCUCGCUCUUUACCAAGUCGCAGCUGGGCGCGUUUGCUUGGUCGGCCGUGGUGCAGGGUGUCUUCAUGUUGGGCUACCUCAUCGCCUAUGUCUGCAUCCUGACCUAUGUCGACGCGAACAGGCUCGACAACGUUCUGCGCGCGACUUACUUCAUCAUCGCACUCGUCUCCCCCAUCACGUCGGCCGUGCGGUCGCUUUUCAUUGCCUCCAAUCUCUUCUCCAUUGCCUGCGACGGCACUGUUCUCUCGUCCAACCCGCAAGGCCUUCUCUACUACGGCGGUCCUAUCCUCUACCUAACCAUACAAUCCAUAAUCCUGUUCCUCGUUCUGCUCUGGUUGGACAGCGGCUCGCCCUUUUCCUGGCUAAGCCGCAUCUUCUCCCGCAGCCGGCCCGCGACCGACCCCGAGAUCAUGGACCAGGACGUGCUCGACGAGCAGGCGCGCGUCAGCGGGCCCGGCGCGCAGGAUGACGGCCUGCGUGUCGCCCACUUGAUCAAGUCCUUUGGAAAGUAUACUGCCGUCGACAAUGUCAGCUUCGGCAUCAAGCGCGGUGAGGUCUUUGCCCUCCUCGGCCCCAACGGCGCCGGCAAGUCCACUACCAUCUCCGUCAUCCGCGGCGACCUGAAACCUAGCCGCCAUGGCGGCGACGUCUUCAUUGAGGGCGUCUCCGUGACCAAGCACCUGCCCCUCGCUCGCACGCACCUCGGCGUGUGCCCACAGGUCGACGCUCUCGACCAGAUGACGGUCCGCGAGCACCUCGAGUUCUACGCGCGCGUGCGCGGCAUCCCCGACAUCCAGCACAACGUGUCAGCCGUGCUGGUCGCCGUUGGACUCGGCGCCUUUGACGGGCGCAUGGCACACGCCCUGUCCGGCGGCAACAAGCGCAAGCUGAGCCUCGGCAUCGCUCUCAUGGGCAACCCGGCCGUGGUGCUCCUCGAUGAGCCCUCAUCUGGGCUCGACGCCGCCGCCAAGCGCGUCAUGUGGAAGACGCUUGCCGCCACCGCCAAGGGCCGCUCCAUCCUCCUGACCACGCACUCGAUGGAAGAAGCCGACGCGCUCGCCGGGCGCGCCGGCAUCCUCGCCCGCCGCAUGCUCGCACUCGGCACCCCCGACGAGCUGCGCCACCGCUUCGGCGAUCUCGUCCACGUGCACCUCGUCGCCAGCUCGGCGCCGCGGACCACCGAUGCCGAAAUGGACGCCAUCACGGCCUGGGUCCGCAAACACCUGCCUUUGGCCGACGUCGACGGCAGGACGUACCACGGCCAGGUGCGCUUCACGGUGCGGGCGCGCGAUCUCGACAUUACCACCACAGGCCGUCUCCUGCAAGAGGAGAAUGAUGCGGGCCACAUUCCUGACCAAGAAGAUGUUGCCCCAUCGCCGCACGCCAGCGAGUCGGCCGUCGGCAGCCUCGUCGUGCUGCUCGAGGAGAAUAGCAAGCAACUCGGCAUCAGCAACUACAGCGUGGCGCCGACGGGUCUGGACCAGGUGUUCCUGUCCAUUGUUGGGGAGCAUAACGUGCAGGAGGAGAAUUCAUAA